AUGAAGAUUGAAUCAAAAGAAAAAUCAUUAUAUAUUACCAUUUCUCCAAAAAUGACUGUCGUGGCCGUGUCAGUUCACACUAUAAAAAAUAUAAAGCUAUGGAAAAUAGAUAAAGUCAAACAAGAGUUGCAUAAAAUUAAUGAUUUCUUGUUUAGAGAUAAUGAAUUAUAUCCUGAACCCAAAGAUAAUGAUUCGUAUCCUGAACCUCGUUUAACGAAUAUAUCUGAUACUAAACAUAUUGUGCUAACUCUGAAGAGAAAUUAUCCGUAUAAUUUUGAAAUUUAUAAUUUAAAUACAAGAAGAGAUAAUGACAAAUGGGAUUGCAAAAAAAUGGUUGAAUUAAAAUACUUCACUCAUAGUCACAUAACUUCUAAUGGAAAGUUGCUGCUGGAAAUUGCUGACAUUACUGUUUUGUUGCAAUGGAAUUUAGAAUCGCUGAUCCUUGAACAACAAUACAUGUUAAACAAGUUUCGAUCUCAACUUAAAAUCACUUUAAAUGACAAUUCUACAUUGUUAGCGGUUCGUGGAUUAGUAUACGAUUCAGAUGAUAAAUCCUCAUAUAAAUUAUUCAUUUAUUCGGUUGAACUUGGAAUAUUACUAGCUCAAAGACAAUAUUCUCAAUUGCCUGAAAUAUAUUUUAUUGGUACUGAUGUUGGAGAAAGAAUGUUAGUGUUGUGGCCAGUAAUAGAAAAUUACCAAUAUGAAAUAAUCGAUCCUUAUUCUCUUUCUGAUUCUGUUGAUGCCACAAAGCUCUUUGAAAGUGAUAUUGAAGCAGAUGUAAUCGUUCAAUCUUAUGCAAUACAAUCAGAUAUCAUUAUUGGUUGGUCUAAAGAUGAAGAGAAUUUAUAUAUGCAAUUAUUGAUACAAGAAAAUUGGAUUAAAUAUCUAAGAAAUUUAAACGACUAUAGUAAUAUUGGCUUUCCGUACAGAGUUUCACGAGUCAAAUUAAUGAUAGAUGACAUAAUUAACGAAUAUAAUAAUAGUAAUGGGCAAAAAGUUAAUUUUCCAAUAAAGCCUUCAUAUGAUGGUACUUUAUAUAAAUGGGUUAUUAAAAUUGAUGAUAAUAUUUCCCUAGUAGCACAUAAACAAAUGAAAACUAAAGCACAAGAAACGGAUUAUACGAAAACUAUUUUUUAUUUAUUUAAAAAGGAACUAAAAAAAUAUACAGAAAGAAUAAUACUGAAUUGCGAUCUGCUUGAGAAUGAAAAUUUAGCAAUGAUUACAAUUUUUGGAAUUUAUAUAUGGACAAUAAAAUCAAAUGGAAUCAGAUUACAUUAUUUCUGGAAUGAAGAAGUAAAACGCAUAGAUUAUGAGCCUCAAAGUAUAAUAAAUAUGCUACAAGAGUUUUUACGUUGCUGUGAAGAUUCUGGCAAUUUUCUUCCUACGAUUCAUUUUGACUUGCUUAUAAGGGAUAGAAUCAAGAGAUCUAAUGACUUACAUUAUUUGAGUUUAGAUGAUUCUAGAGAAUUAUUAGAAGAUUAUAAGCAUGAUAAAGUAUUUCUUGCAUGCUACGGAAAGCGAUUGCUUGAGAAACUGAUAGAAUAUAAACAGGACGAACUAAUCGAAGAUAUAAUUCAAAGAUGCAUAGACUUAAGUACUAAAAAUAUUAAAGAAGGUUUUACUGCAAAUAUUGAAUUAUUAAGUAUCAUUACUUCUUCAUUUUCAGAGUUAUCUCAAAAUUAUGAGUCAUAUAUUUCAAAUUUUUUAUAUCAGAUCGCUUUUGUCGUACCCCAUUACAUUAGAAGGUUCUUAAUCAAAAGUGAAUCCAUUUCUUCACAUCUUCAUCACUAUGGGAAUUAUGUUCAGAUAUUGGAAACGACGUUCAUUGAUAUUGCCAUUUCUUGGCUUUUAUGUUAUCUUCAAACCUUUAUUGAAAAGUACAAUCAAAUAUAUAACUUCAUCUAUAGACUCGAACCAAAACCAACUAUUCAAUUAAUGGUUCCUCUGCCAAAUUUUAUAACAUAUUCUUAUCCUUACGAUCCUUUAAUAGAUGGGGUUUAUCCUGCAACCAGUCCAUUUACAAAAUCAAAGAAUAUUGAUUUGUAUAGGUUAUGGAUUGCACAUAUAAAUAAACUUCGUGAAAUUAUAAAACAAAUCCAAAAAGAAUUCUAUUCCAGUGAUAAGCCCUUUAUUUCUCAAAUUCUUUUAAACAUAAUUCAAAUGAGGUUUAUAGAGUCAGAUGAGCUACAAAAAGUUAUAAUAGUUAAAGAGUCAAAAGAAGAGAUCAAAAUUUUCAUUGAGGAGUUAAAUAAACUAGUUGCUAAAAAGUGA